GUCGUCGAAAUUAAAAUGUUAGCAGAAGAAAUGUGGUGCCCGGCUUGUGACGCUCCACUAUCGUUUCGGUAUGUUGAAAACGAAAAUGUCAUCGGCCUUGCCAGUAUCUUUCGUGUGAGAUGUCACACGUGCCUCUUGCUUCAUGAGGUUAAAUCGAGUAAAUGCUACAAAAAGCGUGAGGACGGCAAUUGCACUCAAUACGACGUGAAUGCUAAAAGUGCUCUCGGUAAGAAACAUAAAAAAACAAAUUUAUCUUGUGUGCGCAUUGUUAUUUACUCUCGAAAUUAUGUUUUAGCUAUGAUUGACGCAGGCAUUGGUUAUACACACAUGAACACGAUUUUGUCGAUACUUAAUAUUCCUAUCAUUAGUAACACAUUGCUUAAGCGGAAUGAACGGUAUGUGGGCAAAUCGCUGGAGGACUUAGCACGUAAAAGUUGCAGAGAAGCAUUGAGACUCGAAAAGGAUUUGAUGUUAGCUGACAUGUCGGUUUUUAGAACUUGUAGAUGCUUCAUGUAAUAUCUGUGCCUAUGAAAACUGA